AUGUCACCUUUGUCUUCUAUCUGGGACAUCAUAAUAGAUUAUCUCUCUCUGAGCUCGAUAUGGAAUUAUCUACAAGCAACUUUUCUGGGAGAGACUAGUGUGCCUCAGCAAACAAAUUUGGGGCUACUAGAUAAUCUUGCUCCGGCUGUGCAAGUUAUCCUGGGGAUUUCCUUUUUGAUUUUGUUGGGAAUAGGAGUAUAUGCCUUAUGGAAACGAAGUGUUCAGUCAAUUCAGAAAAUAUUGUUGUUUGCAAUCACACUCUACAAACUUUACAAGAAAGGCUCAGAUUUUUUUCAGGCUUUGCUGGUCCACCCAGAAGGGAAUGGUCUCCCAUUUCAAGACAGUAAUAUCUUCUUAUCUUUGGGUCUGCAAGAGAAAAUUCUGAAAAAACUUCAGACAGUGGAAAACAAAAUGAAGAACCUGGAAGGGAUGAUCAUUUCCCAAAAAGCUGCCACAAAGAGAGAUUGCUCCUCUGAGCACUACUGCAGCUGCUCCGACUGCCAGAGUCCCUUGCUUACAUCAGGGUUUACAUCCACAUCUGAAAUGUGAUGGACUCCAAUGUUUUCCAGAAAAGCACUGUUUCCCUCAUGUGUGCAGUGGUGUAUCAAUAAAGAGAGAGAACUAUAUUGAAAUUACCCAGCCAGGACUGGCUCUCUAUUCAGCAGGGCCCAGCUCCCACUUGUGUGUGUGGUGGGGUUACGUGGGGGAUCAUGGUGGUUAAAAAUGUCUGAGAUUGUGGUGCCCACUUGGCAGGCUGGAGACCCUAAGCAGCCAUAUAGAAAGAAUCAUGGGAGUGGGAAAAGAAGGGAGAGUGGUCAGGGAUGUGGCCUUGAGCUCCAUGCUGAAGAGGUUGGAUUCGAUAUAAUAAAAACAGCAAGAAAGUGCUGUUAAGGGUGAUGCUGUGGACUGUCCUAUAGAGAGGGAGGCUGGCUCUUGUGCUGGUUUUUAGCCUAAAGGUAAAUAUGUGGCCUGGAG